CCAGCUGUUGGAGGCUUGUGAGCCAAUCGGAGGCCAGAGCUCUUGCCUUGGGUGUGCUUUUUUGCUCCAGAAAUUCCUGCCUGCGCUGGGGGAUGCCCUUGCUGCGAGCGGGGGGCCUGAAAAAAUCUCUCCCCUCGCUAUAUUUAUACUGGCCUUUCAAACUCAACUCAUCCAAGGAGCUAUUAGGCUGUCUGUCUGUCUAGGGCAAUAAUGUUUGAACAGGCCUUCCAAUCUGUGACCGUUUAAACAAGGGCCAUUUCAAGGAAAGGCAUAUGAUUGAUAUUUCAAAUAUGUCUCUUAAAAGAAAAAGAGGCCACACCGUCAGGUUGCGCAGAACGUAAUAGGCGCUGAGCUCGGCGCUCCUUUGUAGCGGCGCUCCCCACGGUGACCUUCCGGCCCUCGACAGAACAUGAACUCCCCACCCCCACCCCACGCCACCCCUGGUUAGGAACCGAAAGCAGGAAAGCACACGCGCUGCCGCUUUCUCUUGUGUUUUGAAAGGUGAUGUCGGCUCAAAAUCAGUCCCAUUCGGGAAAAUAACAACUUAAGAGAGUUGUUAACAUUUCUAAUUCAAUCUAUCCGUCCGUUCUGGGAGAGGGGUGUGUGUGUUUGUAACUAGGACAGUGAAAUCUGUUAAUGGUUUUAAGGCUGCAAGCAAGUCCUAAGAGUAAGUUUCCCUGAAGUCAAUGGGGCUUCCUUCUGCUUAGACGCCUCUAGGAUUGUGCUGCAACGUCUUUUUGUUGUUUUGCUUUUAGGCAAGGAAUACUGUAUUGGAAACAAAUGGAUAAUGCCUGAACCCAGGCGACAUCUGGAGAAUAUGGCAUUAGGUGAAGCUUUUUCUUUUUCUUUUACAGAGCAGCGAAAACUUUAAGAGGGGAGGUUUUGUGGGAAUUCAUCUGAAGUACAGUGAUAUACUCCAAAAUCCUUUUCAGAAAGAGCAGCAUUGAUUUAAUGUAGUGUUUUCUUUGACUACUGAAUGAAAGCAUGCAAUUUGCAUGUCCGCAGGAGACAGAAUUCUAGAAUACAUAAGACUCGCGCUUAGGGUGAGUGUUGGGGUAAUUUUGCUGUUUUGAAUUAAAUUUUUAGGAAGCUUCCUUAUAACGAGCCAGACUAUUAAUUCAUCUAUCUCAAUAUCUUCUACACUGACUGGCAGCAGCUCUCCAGGUUGUCAGACAGUGGUCUUCUAGUUUUUCCUGGAGAUGGGUGAGUGAACAUGUGACAUUCUGCAAGCUCUGCCACUGAGCUCUACUUUGGCAACAUGAACCUCAGCAUAUUUAAUCAGGAUUAUGUGCCACUGAAUUAUUGGGAACUUGUUCUAUAGUAAGUGAGCUUAGAACACCCCCAACCACCCUCACCCCAGUCCCAAUGUGUUUGAAGCUGUCCUGCUUCUAUGACAAGCAGGUUGCCUUUUCACAGCCUAUGUAAACCCAUAAACUGCCAUUAUGAUAAUUUAUAAAGGAUCAUCUGGCCUUUAGAUAUUACAUAAUCAAUAAUGGUUCCAAUUUUUUUUUGAAAUGUAAGAUUUAAACAUCUCAUUAAAAAAAUAAAAACUUUCAAAAUCACCAUUUAAUUUUGUGGUGACAUUUCAGAAUCCAGGCAAAAUAAGAUCAUUUCAUUUUUUUUGGGGGGGGGAACCCUACAAUUAAAGAAUGAGCAUUGAUUUUCUUUUUGUCCUAAAUUCACUUUUUUAAGUACCACACACACAGAGAGGGGGGGGUUAUUAAAACUGGUAGGGAAAUAAGAUCUUCAUAUCGUCUGUUUUGAACAUCUAACCAGAUUAGAUUUUGAGGUGUACGUGGAUGCAGAAUAUUUUUUUUUUGUGCGAUCAAAAAGCCCUUCUCAAAGAAGGGACUGCUACUAGCAUAUAUAGAAACAUUCCAAGCAAUCCACAGUUAAUCAGCCUUGGUUUUGCUCUUUAAUUACCCCCAGAAGGCCUGAAGCCAUUCUUCCAGCCAUGCAAAGACCUACUUCCUGUAUACAACUCUUCUGUAUGGCAGAGAGAACAGAAUCUGAAGUCGAUGACAGGAUGAAAUUGACUCAAUAUUGCCAUCCCCCAAUGGCAAGAUCCAGAUGCCUGAGGAAAUCUACAUCUACAGAGUGUAUUAGCCAAGUAAUCUUUUUAUUGUUCCUUCUCAGGGCUGAACGGGGCCUAUCAUUGCUUUUGCAAAGGGUUACUCUGCUUAUCUUGCACACAUUCCAGCUCUAAUUCAGUUGCUCACUAUCUGUACUCUGUGCAUUUAAUUUCCCUGGGACCACAAUUCCACACCCCUCACAACAAUUUUUUUCAAUUUUAUUUUAUUUACUUACUUUUAUAUUUGCCUUAUCUUCUAUCAAGGAGCUAAAGGUGGCCAUCCAUGCAUGCACUGACAAGACCCAGACCUGCUUAGUUUCGGCAGGGUGGUGAUUUCAUGUGCUUUCCUUCUAUACCAUGGAAACCAUGUGCAUAUAUUGUACAUACCUGAGACUGAGGAUUACAUCGGUGCUGUGGUUCGCAAAAGGGUGUGCCACAAUAAAAUGGGUUGUCUUCAGGCUAAUUCAGGCACUCUUCUCUCCUACUUGUGCAAAUGCUCCCAGCCACCCCUGAACAAGAAGUUAAACAAGGACCGUGCUACUUGGGAACUCAAGGUUGCUGAUUAAAGUAACUUCCCUCAUCUCAGGAAAUGUGUCCUUCUUGGCUGGUACCGGUAGCAAUGCUCAUAAUCUAGCGGCAAGGCUGGGAAGUGCAUCCCUGACAUUGCAGACGGUGCUUCCAACCUUGAUCAUUGUUGUUGUUGUUUAGUCGUGUCCGACUCUUCGUGACCCCAUGGACCAGAGCACACCAGGUACUCCUGUCUUCCACUGCCUCCUGCAGUUUGGUCAAACUCACGUUUGUAGCUUCGAGAACACUGUCCAACCCAGUGGCGUAGCGUGGGGGGUGCAGGGGGGCCGGCUGCACCGGGCGCAACAUCUGGGGGCGCGCGCUCGCACUCGCAGCUCUCUCGUCCUCGCCCUCUCUGGCUCCGUCCGCCCUCGGAGGCCUCUGUCCUUCGGGGCCCUGGCCCUGUGCCCCGCUCCCUCGCCCAUCUCUCCCUUGCCGGCCCGCAUAUCCCGUCGCCGCCUGAGCCGAGGGCAGGGCUGGGCUGGGCUGAGGAGCCAAUUCAGCCGCGCCACGCCCAGCAGCGGCAGCGCCGUCGCCGCUGCGCACAGGAGCGCGCCAGACAAAGCGAGCGCGAGAACGCGGUCUGAGGCUGCGAGGACCAAGAGUGAAGGAGGCAGCGGCAGGGAAACAGGCGCCUUCUUCGACCCUGGCAAGUCCGCCCCAAGUGCAGGACUCUCAGGGGGAGCUGCCCUCAGCCGAACAGCCGGCUCUCCCUCGGGGCGCUUCUCCUGGGACUUGGCCAAGAGCUGCCCGCCUGCCCGGCACGCGCGCCGGGGUCUGCCAGGAGGCGAGGCACCUGCCUUUCCCACUUGCGGGACGCCAUCCCGGGGGCUGCCGUUGGCAAACCCAGGCGGGUGAGGUCGCCGAGUGAGGACUGGAGCAGGAUAGGGGAGGAAAGCUGUGCCCAGCACGUGAAAUGAUCCACUCCCACCCAGGCUUCUGGAGGACCCCAUUUUCUUUUGAUCUGACAGGCUCAUUAAUAGCUAGCCCCUCCCCAAGAAUGGGCAAUUAAUAAAAGCCAAUUCAAUGGCCCCAUGGGCUAUAGCCAAGGAGGGCAGGGCGGCAAGGAGGGCAGGGGGCACAAAUUACUUGCCUUGCCCCGGGUGCUGACAACCCACGCUACGCCACUGGUCCAACCAUCUCGUCCUCUGUCGCCCCCUUCUCCUAGUGCCCUCAAUCUUUCCCAACAUCAGGGUCUUUUCCAAAGAUUCUUCUCUUCUCAUGAGGUGGCCAAAGUAUUGGAGCCUCAGCUUCAGGAUCUGUCCUUCCAGUGAGCACUCAGGGCUGAUUUCCUUCAGAAUGGAUAGGUUUGAUCUUCUAGCAGUCCAUGGGACUCUCAAGAGUCUCCUCCAGCACCAUAAUU